AUGUCUAAGCUCUUUGUUCACGGCCUUUCUUGGCAUACUAACGAUGACACCUUGCGCGAGGGUUUCCAGCAAUUUGGCGCUAUUCAAGAAGCUAUUGUUGUGAAGGACCGUGCGACUUUGCGCAGUCGCGGCUUCGGCUUUGUCCGGUUUGCUACUGAUGCCGAGGCGGAUGCUGCUUUGAGUGCCAUGAACAACCAAGAAUUCGACGGACGUGUUAUUCGUGUUGACAAGGCAUUUGAUCGCCCCCAACGCCCCGAAGGUGGCUUCCAGGGCCGUGGUGGAUACAAUUCCCAACCCCAAUCCACUUAUCAGGGUGCGGGUGCAGGUGGCUACGCUGGAUACAACAAUGGCGGGUACAAUAACGGAGCUGCCCCUGGUGGAUACAGCGGGGGCUACAAUAAUCGCGGCUACAACAACUUCGCCCCUAGUGGUCCCGCUGGCUACGGCGCAGGUCCCGGCGGUUAUGGUGGUGGCCCAAACACCGGGUAUGGCGGUGGUGGAGGCUGGCGCGGAAACAACCACGAGCAGGCUCCCCAAGACGGUCAACAUUAG